AUGAUGUUGAGCUUUGAAUUACCCUCUGAACUUAACCACAAGAUGAGCCUAUCCUUAUCUGUACCUCAAUAUGCCAAGCAGUACAUAGACCUGUCCCCGCCUCAAAAAUGGUUACACAAGCCCGAAUACGAACAUCUAUGCAACUGCAUGAUAACAUAUGACCUCUACCUUUAUGCAGCGGCUAAGUUAGACUCUACCAUUGGCUGGAUCAAGUGGUAUGUAGCUCCGAAGAGCAAUACUGAUAAAUGUGAUACAGAAUAUCAUGUCUUAUUAGAGCGGAUAAAACAGAUUCAGAUAUCAACUGAUAUCAUAGAAAGUACAUGA